UUUAGAACAUAACUUGUACAUGUGUAGUUUUUAGCUAGUAAUAUUAUGGUCAUAGAUUAUACACUUAUGAUUAUGGUAUCAUUAAAAUGAAAAGAGCAUGCCACAGAGUAGAUAUUUUCUCAAAAUAUAUGGUGAACUGGCAAGUGGCAAGCGAGGACAAAUGCAUAGAUUAUACAAUAACCAUAGAGUUACUAUUCUAACUGGAGUGCUUACUUCGUUUGACAUAAAAACUAAAAAUAUACUUUAUGUCUAUGGCUUAAAGUUUAUUUUUAAAUAGCAAAAGAUGUAAGGAAAAACGGUCUGAAAAGAGAAUGAUUAUUAAGUGGUGGUGUCCCUCUCGCACAUUUUACAAACAAAAAGCAGUGUUGCUAGCUUAGCGGAUUUUCCAUAAAAUCUCGGAAUUUGGACCCCCGUCUUAGUUAUCAAAAAUGGCUUUUAGUGGUUAGUGGAUUUUUUAGUAGCUUGGGCGUUGUUGAAAAUUAUCGAAAAGGUUAAAAUCAAUCCACUUUACAGGAUUUUAAACAUUUUAUGACAAUAAUAUAUCUAAAUACAUAUUAUUUAAACGAUGUGACUUAAACUUAACUAGAAAAUGUUGCGAGAAUUUAGAAUUUCCAUCAACGUCAAAAAUUAAAUUGGUUCAAAAUAAACGUACAAAGUUAUGGUGAAAUUAGUUUCGGAUGAUGACAAUUUAUUAAAAUAAAUUAUAUAAGAAGUAUUGAUUAUAUGAUAUAUAUUGAUUUUUAAUAGAACAUCAUAUAUUAAUAAAACUUAUUAACAAAAAAAUUAUUGUUCUAUAUUAAUAAGAACUCUGUUUAAUGGAAAAUUUAAUGGUAGGUACGUAGAUUUCUGAUGGUUUUCAUGUUGAAUUUGGUGGGAAGCCAGAUUAAUUGUUGGCAUCACCGAAAAAGAGCUAUGAAUGGAUUAAAAGAAAAAUGGCGUCUAUUUACGUUUGUAGUGCGAAGUUAAAAUGGCACUGAUACAGCUUGUGGCUUGUUUUUUUUCGAAAAUCGUGAAAGUUUCCGUGUAAUCAUGGUGAACACUUUUAAUCGUCGCACGCAAGCAUGUAUAUCAUUUGCCUGACGUUAAGCGAACGAGGAGGAUCUUCUAGUAAAUAUGACGUUGGAAUUUCUGGAAAAUGUCCUAUAUAAAGGUCAAACAAGAAGAAUCAAGUACUCAAACGCAAGAAAUAAAAAAUACCCCGAGAAAAGCAAAAUUACGACAAGAUGUUAAGGUAUUGAAACAAAAACUUAAAAGUCGCGAAAUAGUGAUUGUAAAUAUAAAGUCGAUUUUAGAUUUAUUAGAGAAAAAUGGCGAUUUUUAAUUGAAUUGAAAUUUAAAUUGCGAAAUUUUAAUGAUACUGAUGGUCCACUUAGAUAUUGAUUAAAAUAAAUUAUGUAUUUCGUUGAAAAAAAAGAAUUUACUUAAAAUAGAGGAAAUGUUAUAUUAUAAGACUACAGAAAAUUAACUGAACUUAAUAAUAAUAAUAUGUAUAACCAAUAUUUUGUAAAUAGAGAUCAAGUACUAUGUGUAUCGUGUUAUGUGUAUUGACUUGUCAUUUAAGAGUUAUUUAAUUGUCUACAUAUAACAAAUAAAUGAAUUUCAGUUCAUUUCAUUUUAUUACCCAUUGUGUUUUAUUUCCUAAAAUGUAACUAGUAGACCUAAUAUACACGUGUCAUGAAAAUAGCACAGAAGUAAAAAUACAAGCAAUUUUAAAUCAAUUAAAGAUGUGAAUGUAGGAAAAGAGCACCCGAUAUGCGCAGACCAUGUCUGUUCAGUGUCUCACUCAGUGUGUCAAAUAUUAAUUUGCACGGCCCACUUAGCCAGUACAUUAAAGUAGGAAUUGCGUAAUUAAGUUCAACAUAAUAUAUUAUUUAAGUCGCGGUUGAGUAUUCGGACGUUAAACAUGAGUUUGUGGAAGUUUAAGUAAUAGAACUGAGGUAAUGAUGUUUAUAAUAAAACUCAGUGCUAGAUUUUCGACAACGCAGCAAUUUCCAAAAAAAACCGUCGAAAAAAAUCACCAUGACGACGAAGCAAUGUUUAGAAUUGAAUUUACAUAAAUAAAAGGUUGCAAGCACGUGUUUUGUAUUUACAUAGGGUUACACAGAAUUACUUAAGGUAAAUUCAAAACUGAUGCAUGUGUAUAAUUUUGUCCUAUAAUUAAAUUAUAUAUGGUCACCACAUUAGACAAGGACACCGCGACCAAAAAGUAUUCUCUUUCGAGACCGAUUUCUCGGCAUUAGACAGCACUCCAGUUGUAGGUACAUAUUAACUCCAUGACAAUAACAAAAUGGUCUUGAAUGUAAACAACGUUCAGAGGUGUCAUGGUCGUUUUUUUUCUCCCAAUUUAUCUUGUAAUUGUUGUUAUGCUACUUUAUACUUUACGAUACCUUUCACUAUAAUAAACUUAUGUUCAUUGGGAAAUACAAGUACAAAAAAUAAAAUAAUACGAAAGUUUUCAUUCAACAAAACAAAACAAUAAAGCCGAUUUCGUUCUAUUUUACAAAAUGCAAGAAAAUAACAAUUUCGAAACAAUUAUAACUACAUGGCGUCGUUUAUCUGGCGAACAAGUGGAAACAGCGAGCGUAAGCAUGUCUGGAGAUUCGGAACCUUACAAAAAAAGGGAGCAAGAGGUGGGUUUAUUGUUACCAGAGCGUUCAAAGGGACCUGCACCUGUGACAUCUAGUACAAGUGUUGCUGUAGCUGAUGCCGCUUUAGAUACCAAGGAUCUUGAGAACAUUGAUGAGAAUCAGGAAUUUAUCAAAUCUGAUAAAGAUGCUAAAGAUGGCAGAGGAGAUGCAAACGAAAAAUACUCUGAAAACAGUGAUGAUUACCUUGAAAACAAAGAAUUACACAAUAAAUCUCCAGAAGCCAAGUAUGAAAAAGAAUCAGGUGAUAAAGUCGAUAGUGUUUAUCUUCGACCAUCACAACAAAAAACUCUAUCACCACCAAUAGAAGAAGAAGAAGAUUGCGGAAUCAAAUGUCUUUAUUACACUCUACAAUGCUGUGACUGUGUUUUGAUGUGAUCAAUAAAAUAUUUACAUCCAAGCAUUGAAAUCCAAUCUGCAUUUACCUUUUUGUCAUAUUUAUUAUAUUAUAGUGUAAUGAUAAUCUUACACAAUACUCAUUAUUAUAAUGUUACUUAUAUUGGCAGUUAAAUUUCAUUGUAUUGUUUAAAUUCAGUAGCAAAGUGUUAAUAAAAUCAACCUGGUUAGUCUUUCAACCACCAUUUCAUAAUUAAAUUUGUAAUGAAAUUUGACAUUGAAUUAAACUAAAAUGUUUGUUAUUGAACCCUGGUGGAAUUCUCUGGUAUGUAUUAUGUUAUGCUUUGAAUGUUAUUUCAGCUGAUACUUUAAGGACAAACAUAUACACAAUGUAUAUUUCUUGGAAUAUAUUUAUAACCAUUUUGUGCCAAAAUUAAUGUAAAGUAACAGAGCCUUUAAACUGUUAUUAUAUGCUAUAAUUUACAAUACGAAUUUAAGAGACAUUAACAAUACUAUAUUUUUUGAAAAACAUAUACAAAAUAUAUUUUUGCAUUCCAUGACGAUGAGUCAAUCCAUGUGAUAAUGAGAUAUUAUAUUUUUGUAUAACUUUACUUACAAUAUUAGAUAUUAGAAGAUAGCUAUGGAUUAGACUUAGAUUAAGAAAUAUUAUAGCUUGAUCUGAAUUGUAUUAAACAGUGAAUAGUGAGAAGCUUUUUAUGAAGUUCUCAAGUUUAGAUUAGCAUGUUUGGAGUAUGAGGGACGAAAUUUUUUCUCAACAGUAUUGAAAUGAUUUUUUGUUUAGUUCACUAUACUUAGUAUAACGCAUGAAUGCAAAGUUUUUUUAAAAGUAUAUACAUAUUUUUAAAUGUUGAAUACAUGUUAUACCUAAUGUUAAGUUCACCUGUUAACAUUCAUACUAGUUUAUAUAAUAUUUUACUACAUUUGUGUAAACCUCAUUAGCUUUAUUUUCUUUAAUAUUCAAAUUAGUAUUUUUCUUUUUGUUAGUAGUCUGUAUUAUUAAGACAAAGGACUAUACUACGUGUUUUGUAGAAUGUAGUUUAAAUAUUUCUAUUUUUACAUUUAAGGACUGAAAUUAAAGAAGUCAGAUAACCA